UGGUGCGGCGCGGCGGCGACGUGGUGCGGCGCGGAGCUGAUAUCCCAUGGGGUACAGAGUCACCUGGUGGUAAAGCAGGCAACAUGAUCUCCCGAUGUCUGGUAACCCUGCUCUGUCUGCUGACGUCACGGGUCAGUGGAGAGCGAUCCGCCUCCGUCCGGAGCGCUGGCGAUGCUGGAGAACUGAUAGAAGACCUCGACUACGGCAGUCUGCCCGACGGCAUCACUUCGGACACCGUAGUCGUCACCUACUUCUACGACUCGGAGCACCACUCUGCUGAUACGGGACACCAGCUGCUGAAAAAGCUCAGCAAGUACUUCAGGCGCAGGCCGGAGGUUGACAUCAGACUGUGCAAGGUGUCCUGUACCGGCGAGACGGGCCAGUUUUGUCGGCGGCACCUGGUGAACCGAGCCGUGCACGCGUUCCGACAGGGCCACCCGCGUGUGACGCUCUCUCUGACCGGUCCCAGCCCCCUGGACGCCGCCAUCGCUACCAGCCUCCAUCUAUGGCUGGCGGAGCGGGUAGCCGUGCUGAACACAGCCCAGGAGCUGGCUGAACUUCAGACCAGAUGCCGAGGACGAUGCAACAUUCUCACCGCUUACUUCCCCUCUCUGGGCGCGUCAGAGCACCGGCUGCUGCUGGAGGCAGCGCUGGACGAAAACACCGCAGAGGAGACCACCGAUGACGUCACCAAUCGGCUACAGUUUGUUAUGACGUCAUCAGAGGAGGCAGUCGUCGACCUUCCACCACCGCUGUACCAGAGUUUGGAAGAUCAGACCGAGCUGCUCAGCCCGCGCCUGUGGAUGCUGCUGUGUGGAGGUGGCGGCGACGGGGAGCCGCUCGGCACCCCCGGCCGCUGCCACGCCGCCGGGUUCCACUGGGAGCUGAGCGCCGAGGAGCUGAGACACUUCCUCAGAGCCAGCACCCGCCCCGGAUGGGUGAAGGCGGCCGGUGCCGUGUCGGCCCGUGAGCUGCCGUUCGACCUGCGGCGGACGCACGUGACACUGCUGCUGACCGACGUGACCAGCCUGGGCCGGGUGACCGCCGCCGCACCAGCACUCGGCACCCUGUUCCGCGGCUCAGUCGGAUUCGUUAUACUCGACCUGGACAGCUGGCCGGCGGAAUCACUAGCUGAGUUCGGCCUGGACAGGGAACACCUCUACCUUCCCUCAUUGGCCUUCAUUACCAGGGGAAUGGAGACAGCGUCGGCCGUGCUGAACGAGUACGAUGACGCCGUAGGAUUCAUCCAGAGCCAGUUGAUCAAGUACCUGAAGCAGGUGGAGCGGCAGCAGCGCGCCGAGACCGAGUGGGACGACCUCCAGCUGCGCACGGACAACGUCCCCGCCGUGCUGAAGCAGGAUGACGAAUUGGAGCUCCUGCUAACUGACGAGGACGACUUUAGUCCGGUCCGGGAGAUCGGAGAUGAAGAGUUCAACACUCUCUCCCGCUCUGACGAGUUUGCCGUGCUGGUCGCCUACCUGCCCUGGGACCCGGUGAGUCGGUGUCUGCUCCGGAAACUGACCACCCUGCCGGCUGAUCUACGCCGUCACCUGGGCCGUCUCAGCUGCCUCGACUGGUCGGAGCUCUGUGACCGGGUCGGGGUGCGCUCCCACCCUACUGUGCUGGUCCUGGCGGGAGGCCAUCGGAGACGGGUCAAUGGGAGUCUGACCGCGGCGGCGGUCACCAGGCUCCUCAGCAGCGGCGCGGCGCCGGUGCCUCUGCCGGUCAGCAGCGCCACUCUGGAACGCUGGAUGGACGGCCAACUCACCGGGUCACCGCUAGAUGGCACUGAUGGCGUGCUGCUGAUAGCCGCCAGCCAGCACCCUCCCUCCGCUCUCACAGGCCCGCUGAGGGGGGAGGCGCUGCUAGCCCAGGUGGAGGGCUCGGUAAUGCAGGAUAUGUUCGGUAAGUCUUCACCACUCUGCAUCAAAAGGAACGACCCGUUCCAGACAAAACUGGAAAUAGACCUAGAAAAACUGGAGCUAGCCAUCGCUCACUGCGUGCCCGUCAUGCCGGAACUGGACGAGGAGACCCUCCACCUGUUGCCGCCGUCGCGGUGGACGUUCCUGCUCUUCUGUAGUGACGGCAGCUGCCCGGUUACGACUGUCGAGGACCGUCUGACAGAGGCAGUCGGACAGCUGGCUCUGACAGUACCCCACUGCUUCUGGAUCAGCAGCUCCAGCCCCGUAGGCCGGCAAGCCCGACAGCAGUACCAGCUGACCUCAUCCAGGGCGCUGGUGGCCGUGAACCUGACCUCGGGUCAAGUGGUGAAGUAUACCGGCCCGGGCAGCGCCAAGCCGGUCCUGCACUGGGCGGAUCGGGUCCUCAGUGGCCACAUCACCGGAGAAGUGCUGUUGAAGUCGGAGCCGUGGUUGCCGGUGCUGCCACCUAUCGACUUUUCGUCCUCCAGACGGACUGAGACUGUCCCCACCGCCGAGGCGGACACGCUGGAUAUCAUGGACGAAUUUCAGGGCGCCGCAGAUGGUCCACAAACUCAGCGAGAUGAAUUAUAACCCUGCUGAUUCUGAAUCGCUGCAAGCACAACAUAAUUAGAGUAUCGUAAUGUUGCAAUUGUAAGCGAUAUAUCGUCUAUAUACUAUAUACGUCAAUUAUAUAUACGUCUAUAUACGUCUAUAUACGUCAAUUAUAUAUACAAUAUCUAUAUACGUCAAUUUCGUUGGUCUUUGCGUCAUCCUUUCAGACAAUGAUGACGAAAUGAACGUUGUGAAUUUAACCGCAUUGUAACGUGCCAGUUAGGUGCUUACAAUGCAUAUCUCAUGCUCCUGUAUAUUUAUGUCUUUAUUUAUGCUAAUGAUCGCUCAAAAACAAAUGCUGAAAAGUCUGCUUAGGUAAGAGCAUCCGUGUUUCAGUGCGUUUGCGUUUCACUCUGAGCUGCAUCUUUGUGCUUCAUUGCCACGAUGUCAGUGCAGCCGACAGUGGCCCCUGCUGCCGUGUCUGUGUACCCGAGCUUAUGUCUUCCAAGUGCGUCGCUGUAUUUUUCCAAUGUCUGAAUACACACUGGAGAAACCGGGA